UACUUUUGCUGUGCUACUAUAGGUAAUCUUCGUGGUUGUUGUUUUACUACAUAUUCGUUUGACGGCGCUGUGAUUGUCAGUUUGCUUUUAAUUUGCACUUGCGCUUAUCUGAAAAGAGUGCCCCGCAUUAAUUCGUGGUUCCUUAGUGAGAAGAAAGGAUUCUUUGGUAUAUUUUAUAAAGUAAGUGCU